AUGAUAGAUUGUAAACCCAGAUCGACACCAUGUGAGCAAAAACUAGACCAAAAUGAUCACAAUGAUCCAGUAGAUGCAAGAAAAUAUCAAGAGAUAGUAGGUAGCUUGCUGUAUGUUAUGACCUGUCCAAGGCCAGAUUUAAGCUGGGUAAUCAGUAAACUGUCACAGUACUUAUCAGAGCCAACAGAACAACAUCUAACCACAGCUAAGCAUGUGAUGAGGUACUUAAAGCGUACGACUGACUAUGAGUUGUGCUACAGAAAAUGUAGUGAAAACUUGAAACUCAAGGCAUAUAGUGAUGCCGAUUGGGCCUCUGAUGUGAAUGAUAGGAGGAGUAUGACUGGAUACUGCUUUAGCCUAACCAAGAAUGGUCCACUGAUUGCAUGGAAAUCAAAGAAACAGCCCACUGUAGCUUUAUCUACAUGUGAAGCUGAAUACAUGGCAUUGGCUGCGACUACACAAGAAAGUCUGUACCUUAUGCAGUUACUCAAAGGAAUGGAUAAAGGGUGUCAUUAUGAACCAAUACAAAUCUUUGGAGACAAUUAG